AUGGAAGAGGUAUUAAAUAACAUCGAAGACACCACAUAUACAGAAAACGCUCCUAUUGCACAGGCAGGUGUCGUAGAAUGGAAACCAAGAAUAGGUAUGAAGUUUGAAACUGAGGAAGAGGCAUAUGAUUUCUAUAAUUCAUAUGCCGAUCGAGUCAGUUUUAGCAUCCGCAAAGAGUAUUUUAAUAAGAGCAAGAAGACUGGUAAACUGUCAUCGAGAUUGUUAACAUGCUGCAAAGAGGGUUUCAGGGGUGACAACAUUCGGGACAGUAAUAUAAAGACUCCCAGGGCUAAAACACAAACUGGUUUCCCUGCUCGAAUACUUAUACAAGUUUCCAAGUAUACGCAUAAGUUGGAAGUUACAAAAUUUGUUGAAAGCCACAACCAUCCAUUGAUGAUUGAUGAAUACAUGCACAUGCUGUCAUCCCAGCGUAGAAUUAGCCAUGUUCAGGUCAUUAAUUUGGAAUUGGCUUCUGAUUCAGGAAUAAGCCCUCGCAAUUCAUAUGAGUUGAUGGGAAGGCAAGCUGGUGGAAAACAAUCAGUCGGAGAUGUUGUAAGUUUUGACACAACAUACAAAGUUGUACAUGGCAACCGUCCAUUUGGAAGUUUCUUGGGGUUGAAUCAUCACCGGGAGACCGCUGUGUUUAGAACAGCGUUCAUGUAUGACGAGACUGCAGAGUUGUUUGUGUGGUUGUUUGAAACAUUUUUGAAAGCUAUGUCCGGUAAAGCGCCAAAGACGAUCUUCACUAAUCAAGAUGCUGCAAUGGGAAAGGUGAUGCCAAGGACAAACCAUUAUCUGUGUGUUUGGCACCUAAUGCAAAAUGCACAGAAGCAUCUAGGGUUGUUGUUUAGACGUGCGCAAGGCUUUAAAAAGGUGUUAUCAAAAUUAAUAUUUGAAAUUGAGGAGGAGGAAGAAUUUACCAGGGAAUGGAAUAUAAUGAUAACGGAAAAUGGUGUUGUUGGUAACACAUGGCUUACAAAUCUCUUUGCUUUAAAACAUAGAUGGGCUAUGGCAUUUAUUAAACAUACCUGGUCCACGGGUAUCCACAGCACAAAACUGAGUGAAAGCUGCAAUGGUUGCUUGAAGGCGUACUUAUCCGGGCAACUGAUUCUUCCAGAUUUCUUCACACACUUUGAAAGGUUGUUGUCCGACAAGCGUUACAAGGAGUAUGUAGCCGAGUAUGGGUUACUCCACAAUCUACCUCAACUGAAAACAAACUGUAACAUAUUAGUAGAGGCGGCAAACCUGUACACAAAGGUUAUAUUUAAUAUUUUCCAGGAUGAGUUCUUAGCAGCUGCUGCUAGUCAGAGGAUCAUUGGUUGCAGUCCCAUCGAUGGCAACGGAGGCUAUGUUUACAAAGUCGUUGGUGAGGAUGGAAUGCAAUGCGACGUGAGGAGGACAGUAGAAGAUGAAUUGUUAUGUUCUUGUUGUAAAUUUGAAAGGGAGGGUAUUAUGUGUAGGCAUAGUUUGAAAAUCCUAAAAGACUCCAUGUUCACCAAUACAUUGCCUCGUCGAUAUAUAUUAAGAAGGUGGAGUAGAAUUGCAAGAGAUGGCAGGUUGGAGGAAAAUCUUUCCGGUGAAGUGAUUGCCGAAACUGAUCCAAAAAUUGAGGUUAGGAGACAGCACAGGGUACUUUGUCGUAUUCUGACUGAAAUUUCGUCCAUUGUAUCGGAGGAUAAGGACGGAUACAAUGAUUUAUUAGUGAAAGCCAUGGAGUGGAAAAAAAUUGCCCAAUCAAGUUGUAGGCAUAGGUUUACUGAGAGGAAUGGAAUUUAUACUGGUGGUAAAGACAGAAACCAAUAUGUCGGCAUGAACAAAAAUACUAACAAAAUCCCCAAUGGUCUCAAGUGUAAAGAUACAUGGAAAGGAAAAUUUAAGAGGUUAGAACCGACCAUGGAGCUAAAGAGUCGCAAUAAGACGAAAUCAAUAAAACAAACAGUUCAGCUUCAGAAUUGCAAUGAAGCCCUUCAAUCAGGAGAGGCAGGUGGCAGUAGUCAUAGUGGAACAAUCCCCUACUACGUGUUAGUGAAUGUAAGUAUUGUUGCAUAA